AUGACAUAUAACAAGAAUUCUAGCUCAAAUAAAUAUCCACAUCCAUUAUUUAUCAUUCUGGUGAUACCUAUCCCUAUAGAAGGAUUCGUCUGUGAGAAUAACGCCUAUUGCAUUACCACUCUAAUCGUUGAGAACACAACAAGAGACGCUCUGUCUGAACGACUAGUAUUUUCCAAAGAUAGAACAUUGUUCCCAGAACAUUUAAAAACUGUUAAUCUAACAAAAGUAACAUCUGCUGAAGGAUGGAAUACAAGACGCCUCAUUACUGUAAACGGAACUAUGCCAGGACCUACAAUCUUUCUCUACCAGAAUCAGACGAUUACCAUCAUAGUAAAGAACAACUUGAUAAACGAAGGCGUCACCAUUCACUGGCACGGGAUAGACCAGCUUGGCUGGGCUGCCAUGGAUGGAGUAGCUUUUGUGACCCAAUGUCCUAUUUUACCGGGACAGUUUUUUAACUACACGUUUCAGCCUCGUUUUAGUGGGACUUAUUGGUAUCAUUCUUACAUGGGCAAUCAAAGAGAUAUGGCUUUGUAUGGUGUCUUGAUUGUUUUAAAGAGGGACAAUAAUAUACCGAUUGAACAGCAACACAUUAUUCAGUUAAUGAAAUGGAAUCACUUGUAUGAUCCAAGUACAAUGCUCCAGGCAAACACAAAGGAGAGAGACAAAGAAAGCAUUUCAAUUUUAAUAAAUGGAAAAGGUGAAUUCAUCAAUAACAUGACACAAUAUGAAAAUUUCAGCGUUGAUAAGGGAGAUAAUCAUGUAUUCCGAUUGAUAGGAAUAGGGUCUGAUGAAACAUUUCUUUUUUCUGUACCUGGCUUACGCCUUAUUGUGAAAGAGACGGAUGGUUAUCAAAUUGUAGAAACAACAGUCGACAGAAUUAUCAUAUAUCCUGCAGAAAGAUAUGAUUUCCAGCUAGAUCUGCGGAAUGCAAGUGAGGGAACUUACAACAUAACAGUGCAUCUCCUUCAGGGAAAAGCACCCCAAAUUCUCGAUACGCCUGUGGGUCUCGGUUACAUCCACGUAAGCAAUAGGCACUCUUUACCAAAUUACACUUUAAAUAAACAAUAUGAAGUAAUUCUCAACUGCCCUUUCAAGGCAUAUCCCCUUCAUCCAGAUUUUAUUUGUCUUCCAGUCUCUGAACUAAAAUCAAGGAACCCUGGCACCGGAUAUGAAUUUGAUUCCUCUCUAAUGGGAAGAACUGGUGAGCUAUACACUCAUUUCUUUGGGUUCCCUGAGUAUUCAACUAUCAAUGGUCGAAAAUUUAUUUUGCCUACCGCGAAUUCACAGCUCUCUGGGCUGGACACAACAUGCUCAGGAUGUAAUGAAGAGACAUCUUGUGAAUGUUCACUUUCAUUUAAUCUCAGACCCGGAUCCGUGAACAUCAUGAUUCUAUUUAAUUUGGGAACAGGAUUGUCCAGAACACAUACGGUGCAUAUGCAUGGUCAUGCAUUUGAGGUUUUGAAAAUAGGAUUUCCUACUUUUUCCUUGGAUGGCAAGGAUUUGAUUCCAAAUAAAGAUAUCCAAUGUAGUGAGAGUAAGUCUAACAACGAAAGUCAGUGUGAUAGAGUUAGAUGGAGAGACCCAUCCUGGAAUAACUAUAAAUCGAUCCCAGGGAUCAACUGGUUUCAUCCCAUCCGCAAAGACACCAUUAUAGCCCCUGAAGGAGGAUACACCAUCAUUCGAAUACGAGCUACAAACCCAGGUGUCUGGUUUAUGCACUUUUACAUGGAUCCGCACAUGAUGAAGGAAGUGGUACUGAUACUGAAUGAAUCCUUUAAAUAUCUCAGAAAAGGUCUGCCAGGGAGACUGACGACUUGCCAUAGCUUCAUCAGUAAAGACGCCCCUAAAGGAUCACUUUUACCAGAUGACAUCAUCACGAUUCUUUUGUUGGGUGCAAUCAUGGGAGUUCUGUUUUGUGCGAUAAGUACGACCUGUCCAAGAAAAAAGAUUCAUGAAUUGGAACCUUUUCUUUGAAGUUUUUCAUAAGUUAAGACAAAUUGUACCAAGAGCUACUUCAUAUGGUAAAAAUGCAAGGAAUCGCUACAUUACAAACAUUUAUUUUAAAGAACUAUAUACGGUAAAAGCAUAAUUUUGCCCCCAUAAAAAAACACAAAUUUUGAAAACCUCUAGAAAUGUGUACAAUUGUUUAUAUUGUAUGGAAAAUCUUAAUUGACAAAAAAUAUUAUAGUUUGGAACUAGACUAUCGGUAAUUCCUGUUUUUGUGACGUCACAAACUAUUUGGAUUUUCCGUUAUUUUCAACAAAGACGACGGAAUGGACAGAAUUCGUUCAAUUUUGAGUGUAGAAUUUGCUGAGUGCAAGCAUGUUUCCCCCUGGUUUAGAAAUAUAGAUUUCUCCAUCAAAGUUUGAUUUUGGGGGCAGAUAUUGGUCUUAACAGAAUAAAGUCCUUUAAUUUCUAAUUUUCAAUUUAUAUUUUUAUGUAGUCUUAUGUUGUUCAUUAUUUGUGUUCCAUAAACUAUAAGUGAACGUUUUAACACCUGCAGAUCAUAUU